GGACGACACACCACACACAGACCCAACUGAUCUAGCGCCAUGCCGGUUGUCACGCUAGACAAGGCCGAUCUCUAUGAUCGCUUAGGCAAGCAGUACUCAAAGGAAGAAUUUGACCAGCUAUGCUUCGAGUUUGGCAUCGAACUGGAGGAAGACUCAGAGGACGAGCCGCCUGUACUCGUUGAUGGCGUUCCAGAGCGGGCAACACUCAAGAUUGAUAUUCCGGCCAAUAGAUAUGACUUGCUCUGCUUGGAAGGCAUUGCCCUUGCGCUAAACAUCUUUCUUGAGCGCGAAAAGGUACCCCAGUACAAGCUUGUGGAUCCUCCAUCCGGCAAGCAUGUCCUGACGAUACAUCCAGACACAGAGUCACUUCGUCCUUAUGCGGCAGCGGCAGUAUUGCGUGGUGUCAAGCUUGACAAGCGGCGGUACGAAAGCUUCAUUGCGCUCCAGGACAAGCUACAUGCCAACUUGUGCCGUGGUAGGAGUCUUGUUGCCAUUGGAACGCAUGAUUUGUCAACCAUUCAAGGCCCAUUCACAUAUGAAGCGCCCAAGCCAGAGGAUAUCCAUUUUGUCCCACUCAACCAAUCUGAGGAGAUGGACGGCAACCGUUUGAUGGAGUUCUACAGCGGACAUCGAGUCUUGUCCAAGUUUUUGCCACUUAUUCGUGACAGCCCAGUAUAUCCAGUCAUCUAUGAUGCCAACCGGACUGUAUGCUCCCUGCCGCCCAUAAUCAACAGCAAUCACUCCAAGAUCACCCUCGACGCGCGCGACAUCUUCAUUGAAUGCACGGCAACAGACAAGACAAAACUUGAAGUUGUGUUGAAUAUUGUGGUAGCCAUGUUUUCGCAAUACGCAGAACAGCCAUUCACUGUUGAGCCAGUAGAAAUUCGAUCCGAACACAACGGCUGUUCCCGCAUUACGCCUUCUAUCGCAGCUCGCAAGCACAUGGCAGAAGUUUCAUACAUCAACUCAUGCACUGGUCUGAGCCAGACGCCUGAAACCAUCUGCAAGCAGCUGUCGCGCAUGUCUAUGGAAGCUGUCGUUUCCGGCGAUGAUACAGUGGAAGUCUCCGUGCCUUGCACGCGUGCCGAUAUUUUGCACCAGUGCGACAUCAUGGAAGAUGUCGCAAUUGCUUAUGGCUACAACAACCUCAAAAAGACGUUCCCCAACGUAGCAACAGUUGGGCAACCGCUGCCUUUAGGCAAGCUCACUGAUCUCAUUCGCAGGGAAGUGGCCAUGGCCGGCUUCACCGAAUGCAUGCCGCUCAUUCUCUGCUCGCGCGAGGAAAACUUUAGCUUCCUACGCAAAACAGAUGACUCCAUGGCAGUGACACUGGCAAAUCCCAAGACGAUCGAGUACCAAAUUUGCCGGACAUCGCUGCUGCCAGGCUGUCUCAAAACUAUUCGAGAGAAUAGGAAGCAUGCACUCCCAAUCAAAGUGUUUGAGGUGAGCGACGUUGUCUUCAAGAAUGAGGCACUCGAGAGACGAGCCAACAACGAGCGACACUUUUGUGCUGUGAUGGCCGGUCAUGUCUCGAGCUUCGAAGUUAUUCAUGGUUUGUUGGAUCGCGUCAUGAAGAUGUUGUCCAUCAAACUCAUCGACAAGGACACCGAGGAGGCCGGCUAUUACAUCUCGGAGGGCGACGAUGCAACAUUCUUCCCAGGCCGCAAUGCCACUGUUCAUGUCCGUCUUGAACGCGGUGUAGCUGUACAACAGCUGGGUGUCUUUGGUGUUCUUCAUCCUGAAGUCAUGCAAAACUACGACUUGCCCUUCAGUGCUUCUGCACUCGAACUCAACGUUGAAGCGUUACUCUAGAUUGGUAUUAGAUUAUCUAUCUCUACUGUGCCUUUGCUCUCGUCUUUUUGGCCAAGUCUUGCUGCCGCUUGAAGACCGCUUCUGCGGAAAUGCCACCAAACACAAGUGCUACGCCCACCAUUUGCCCCUUUGUGAGCGCAUGACCGAACCAGAGAACUGAUAGCAGCAUAGUAAACAUCUUGCGCGUCAGUGUGACAGUGACCAAUGCCAAGCUACCAAAGUGCUGCAAUGUGUAAAAGAUGGCCAGCUGGCCAGUGGCACCACAAAGUGCAAAGAGUGCAAUGUCCUGAACAAUAGCCGGGUGCUGCCUCAUGAACGACAAUGAAGAUGCCAGCUCUGUGUUACCAAGGGGUGAGAGCAAGUAGCCAGAAACAAGCACCGAAGAGAGCAAGUUGAGACCCACCAUCAUACUCGGUCCAGACAACUUGAACUUUUUGAACAUGGCGUCUUGGGUCGAAUUGGUCAGGCC